CGUCCUCUGCCGUGCUACACCAGCUUCUCCGUGCCUGCGACGCCAAGGGCACAUCGCACGUCUCAAUUGCCUCACCCACUACUCGCCCACGCCCACGACCGCUCCACCUCGUGGCUACAGCCCGCCGCGCCCUCCUUCGUCGGCUGUGCGCCUCAGCAGCAUCCGGAAGCCAACGGCAAGCCUUGGGCACGCGUGCUCGAGUAUCAGACAGCGACGCCUUGGGCGCGAGCCUGACCUUUUGCGAACCCCCGUCUGCCGUCGCAAGCAGUAUCGGACGACUGUGUUGUGCCUCUACUCUCCACACCACCCACGCUCCUCCGCCAAAAGCGUCGAAGCAGCCUUCGGACCGCUCGCAGACAAGAUACUCUUGGAUUCGCCGCUGCCAAACUGCACCUGGUGCCGAUCCAUGCAGCACACAUAGUAUGGCCGCCACCAUCAAGACCGACCCCUCGGUCGGUGACUCGAGUCAUUUCAACGGGAGUGGCAGCGAAUCAAAGAGUCCUCUAGCCCAAUUUGGCUUCUUCAAGAGCUUAACCGACAAGAAGACAACCCGAGAUGGACAGCCGCCAAAGAGAAGGGGUCCCAAGCCCGACAGCAAACCUGCCUUGACACGGAGACAAGAGCUGAAUCGCCAAGCGCAAAGAACGCACCGUGAAAGAAAAGAGCUGUAUAUCAAGGCUCUCGAACAGGAGGUCAUCCGUCUCAAAGACACAUUCGCCGCUACUUCGCGUGAACGUGAUGCCUACGCCGAAGAGAACAGGCGACUCCGAGAGCUGCUCAUGGCGCAUGGCAUCGCCUUUGACCUUCAGGGUCGGCCCUCCAACGGCAUGGCCCAAGUUGGAAGCUCCACGUACGGAAGUUCAACAGGUAGUGUGUCAGGCUAUGGACCGGGUUCAGCCUCUACUGGCUAUACCUCACCACCAACACGCGGUUCGGCAUCUCACGAUGGCAUGAGCAGUCAGCCCUUGACUCUGCAGCAUCAAGCCCAGCAGCAGCAGCACCAUCACCAGCCUCAAGGGCUGGACUAUGACCAGAUUGGCAUAGAUUUCGUUUUAACGCUCGAACGACCUUGUAUGGACCACAUGCAGUUCCUAAUGGUACGCGCCCAUGAUGCCGACGAGAACAUUAGCGGCCACGCCCUCAUGGCCACGGCACCUCCUGAUGCGCACAUCACAAACUGCCCCGAGGAGAAGUACCCUCACCAGAUGCCCGAUGUCAACAUGCCGGAUCUGAUGAAGCUCCUGGAUCUGAGCAAUCGUCUACCCCUUGACGGGGAGAUCACGCCCAUCAUGGCUUGGGCAAAGAUCCUCCAGCACGACAAACUGCGGGAUCUGUCCAAAGAAGACUUCGAGCUCAUCAAGGGAGAGCUUCUCGCCAAAGUCCGCUGCUACGGAUUUGGUGCCGUCCUUGAGGAGUUUGAGCUCAGAGAUGCGCUCACGACUGUCCUUGCUGGCAAAUUCUCGAAUGGGUCUCCGCCUAUCGGAUAAUGUCUAUUUACGAGAAACAAGAAGCAGUAUCUACAUGUUUUCGUAUAAUAAGUAAUGUUGUUGAAGUAGAGAUUAGCAAUGCAAGCCAUGUUUUCGCAAAA